ACAGAGAUUGUGAGUAAAAUUGCAUCAGAUUUUAUAGAUCACAGUUUUGCUUUCACUAAAUAUUAAUCCAGGUUUUAGAUUGCAUCAGUUUCACAUACUGGGUCAUAGAUAUUACGUUAUAUUUUACGGACUUUUAUGUUUGUUUAUUUAUUUACUGUUUAGCUGUUUAGCAAAACUCCGUGUAAGUUUUGGAUGUCCAACACUCGGCACACAGCUAAAGCAAACCGCACAGGACAAUUUGCAAUUCUGUGGAAGUCUGGUUUCUUAUUCCUUAAUGGGUUGUAGAGUUGUAAUUAGUGCAGUUUCGUGCUCUAUAUUCUGUUAUGUGAGUAAAUGUACUUAUACAAACUUGGAUAGUUCAGUAGCAGCAUAGCACGCCUAUCUUGCAAUGGCCAAUUUGAGUUUAGGGAGGCAAAUAUGGAGAUCUCUUGAACUGACGAGGUCCGAGCUGCGCCUGGAGCUCACUCUCGCAUGUGGACAGUCGUUCCGUUGGAGAGAAACAGCAGAGGGCCACUGGACUGGAGUGAUGGGAGGACGGGUUUGGACUUUAACCCAACUAGAAAACAGACUGUGGUACUAUGUUUAUGAAAACCAACAAGACUUGGCUCAUAGGACGUGGACAGAAGAAGACUGUGAACCUGAAAUUAAAUAUAAAGUGGAUGUGAAGGCUGAAGGACAUGCCUACAGAGAGGAAGAGAAGCUGUUAAGGAACUAUUUUCAGCUAAAUGUUAAUUUUGAAGAGUUGUACAAAGACUGGGGGGAGAGAGAUCCUCAUUUUAAAAAACUUGCUGAUACCUUUUCAGGUGUGCGAAUGCUCCGGCAGGACCCAACAGAAUGCCUGUUCUCUUUCAUCUGUACGUCCAACAACCACAUUUCUCGGAUCCAAGGGAUGGUGGAGCGGCUAUGCCAGACACUGGGCACCAAGCUGUGUCAACUGGAUGAAACCUCUUAUCACGACUUUCCCACCCUCUCAACUCUAGCAGAAUCCAAUGUAGAGGCGUGUUUAAGAGAUCUUGGGUUUGGAUAUCGAGCUAAGUUCUUGCAACAAAGUGCUAAGACAGUUCUUGACUUCCAUGGACCUAAUUGGCUUAGUGGUCUCAGAAAUGUUCCAUAUCAAGAGGCCCGUGAUGCUCUCCGCACUCUUUCUGGAGUGGGAACUAAGGUGGCAGACUGUGUGUGUCUGAUGUCUCUAGAUAAGCCAGAAGCUGUUCCUGUUGACACACAUGUUUGGCAGAUUGCAAAACGUGAUUAUAAAUUUGUUUCUUGUCAUGGACAGAAGACCAUUACAGACAAACUUCACAGGGAAAUUGGUGAUUUCUUCAGAAACCUGUGGGGUCCUUAUGCUGGAUGGGCACAGUCAGUGUUGUUUUGUUCUGACCUCAAGAAAUUCCAAAAUCUGAAGCAGACACCAGUCACAAAGAACCUGAAGCGGGAGAUCAAAUGUGAAGAAGACACAGUUCAAAGCAAAAUUAUAAAACAGGAAAAUAAUAAGAACAAAAGACCAGUGUCUAACAAGAACACAAAGACAUCUGUGAAAUGAAGAGGUUCAUGCAAUGUCUCACACUGGAAUCAUCCUUUUAAUACAUUGUGUUUGAUAAAUUUACAUUGCUAUUAAAACUAAAUGUUAUGUUGAAUUAUUUUCACUAGAUGGCAGUGUGCAUUGAUGAAGUUAUUCAUGCAGACCUAUGGCAAAAUACAGA